AAAUCACACAAAUCAUACUUUACUCCAUCUGAAAUACAUGGCUGCAGACUGGAAUAAUUUACCAGAAGAAUUGCUAGUAGAAGUACUAGCAAGACUCCCGGUUAAAGGUCUUCUGCAGUCCAAGUCAGUCUGUAAGGCCUGGCUGGGUCUGAUCUCGAGCCGGAGUUUCAUCCUGACUCACCUCAAUCAUGCAGCUGCAGACCCAAAUAACAAAACCUUCAUUGCUCACAGUUACCAAGUGAUAUCCCCGAACCAUAGAAUCUCCCUCCUCCGUCUCGAUGACCUGGACAACCCUGUCAAUCUUGAGCACCCUUUUCCCAGUUCUGUCAGUCCCGGAGAAAUGGAAGUUGUUGGUUCUUGCAACGGCUUGCUCUGUCUCACUGAUCCUUUAGGCCAUAUUCGCCUCUGGAACCCUGCAAUGAGACGAGUGAGGGACAUUUCGGAUUUUGCCAUCAGUGAAGUUGAUAGUACUGGUGAGGUUUCUGUGGGGUUUGGUCACGACGGGGUGUCAGGUGAUUACAAGGUUGUGAGGAUUGUGUGGACUAGUCGGUCUGAGAAGAGUCCCGGUCGGGUUGAGGUUUAUUCGUUUAAUCAGGCUUCGUGGAGGGAAAUCGAGGUGGAAGUGGACUUUGAACUGAUUCAUGGUAGUUGCCGCGUAAUUGUAAAGGGUAAUCCUUAUUGGAUGGCAUUAGCACAUAGGUGGGAGGUUCAUAAGCAGUUCUUUGUUUCUUUUGAUGUUCAUAAUGAGGUGUUUUCGAAGAUUCCUUGGCCUGAUCAGUGUAUGAACCCGAACGGACGGAGGCAGGGAUACGGUACCUUAACGGAGUUUCAAGAAUCUUUUGCCGUUGCUGUAGGAAAGUAUGUCGAAGGUAGGAUCUUGGAGGUUAGCAUUUGGGUAAUGGAUGAUAAUACCGGUGGAGAAUAUUCUUGGACGAAAAAGAUCAGUGUUGGACCAAUUUUGGGUGUUAACAGGCUAGUGGGGUGUCUAAAGAAUGGUGAAAUUGUGGGGGAAAAUAAUAUUGAGAGACAGCUGAUCUUAUGUGACUCCACAACCCAAGAGAUUAAGCAAACUCAAGUCCGGAUACGAACUUUAGGAGUUCACAAUUAUGUGGAGAGUCUGGUGAACUAGCGGAUUCAUGAGAUGCCAGUACUCAAGCAUAAUACAGGUUCUGAUUAAACCCAAGCAUUUGACGGCUAGCGUUAUUCAUAAGAUUGUGUGUUUUUAAGGAAUGUUGAUGGCAGUGUAAAACAUAAUAAUGAUCUGUUGUACUUGUAAGAUAUAUAUAGUGUUUACAAGUAUUGUGAAAAAGCUCUGAGUUUCUUUCUGCAGGCGCUUGAAAUAUGUGCAAAAAUGUAUACCAGACAGUUUGAUGUUUCUGGGAC